GCUCGGAUAGUAAGUGGAAGUUCCUUGGAUACUUCUAAGCUUUAUGCCAUCCAGGCUUUUAGCAGUGCUGGCCGUGGGCUAUAUGGAAUUGAUAGCAUGCCAGAUCUGCGUAGAAAGAAAUCUUUUCCCAUUGUUCGAGAUGUGGCUAUGACGCUUGCAGCUCGGAAGUCUGGUAUUUCCAUGGCCAUGCUCAUCCGGACCUCUGUGAACAAUGAUGAAAUGAAAAUACAUGUCUUCAAGAAGACGUUGCAGGCUUUGAUCUAUCCAAUAUCAUCAACUACCCCUCAUAACUUUGAAGUUUGGACAGCUACAACUCCCACAUACUGUUAUGAAUGUGAAGGUCUACUUUGGGGCAUAGCCAGACAAGGCAUGAGGUGCACCGAAUGUGGUGUCAAAUGCCAUGAGAAGUGCCAAGACCUCCUAAAUGCUGACUGUUUGCAGAGAGCUGCUGAGAAAAGUUCCAAACAUGGUGCAGAAGAUAAAACACAGAAUAUUAUUAGUGCUAUGAAGGAAAGAAUGAAGAUUAGAGAGAAAAAUAGGCCAGAAGUGUUUGAAGUAAUCCAGGAAAUGUUUAAUAUUUCCAAAGAAGAUUUUGUACAAUAUACAAAAGCAGCAAAGCAGAGUGUUUUGGAUGGAACCUCCAAAUGGUCAGCAAAAAUAACCAUCACAGUUCUUUGUGCUCAGGGCUUACAGGCUAAGGACAAAACUGGCUCAAGUGACCCAUAUGUUACUGUGCAAGUUGGCAAAACCAAGCGGCGAACUAAGACUAUUUUUGGAAACUUGAAUCCAGUAUGGGAUGAAAAAUUCUAUUUUGAAUGCCAUAACUCUACAGAUAGAAUAAAAGUGAGAGUAUGGGAUGAAGAUGAUGACAUCAAAUCUAGAGUAAAACAACAUUUCAAAAAGGAAUCAGAUGACUUCCUCGGGCAAACAAUCAUUGAAGUAAGAACACUGAGUGGAGAAAUGGAUGUAUGGUAUAACUUAGAAAAGCGAACAGAUAAAUCAGCUGUCUCUGGUGCCAUUAGAUUGAAAAUCAAUGUUGAAAUAAAAGGAGAGGAGAAAGUUGCUCCCUACCAUGUGCAGUACACCUGUCUACAUGAGAAUCUAUUCCAUUACUUGACGGAAGUUAAAUCUAAUGGUGUUGUAAAAAUCCCUGAAGUGAGAGGUGAUGAAGCCUGGAAGGUGUACUUUGAUGAUGCUGCACAAGAAAUUGUAGAUGAAUUUGCAAUGCGCUAUGGAAUUGAAUAUAUUUAUCAAGCUAUGACGCACUUUUCCUGUCUGUCUUCUAAAUAUAUGUGCCCUGGUGUUCCAGCAGUUAUGAGCACAUUGUUAGCCAAUAUAAAUGCUUUCUAUGCUCAUACUACAGCAGCAACUAAUGUAUCUGCCUCAGAUCGGUUUGCAGCUACUAACUUUGGGAGGGAAAAGUUCAUAAAACUGCUGGAUCAACUGCACAAUUCUCUGAGGAUUGAUUUAUCUAAAUACAGGGAUAAUUUUCCUGCCAGCAAUUCUGAGAGACUCCAGGAUCUGAAAUCAACUGUGGACCUGCUUACCAGCAUUACAUUUUUUCGAAUGAAGGUCCUUGAAUUGCAGAGCCCACCUCGAGCCAGUACUGUGGUGAAAGACUGUGUAAGAGCCUGCCUGGACUCAACUUACAGAUACAUUUUUGACAAUUGCUAUGAUCUCUACUCCCAGCUAGUGGAUCAGGGUAAGAAACAAGAAGUUCCUAAAGAAGAACAGGGACCAACAACAAAGAAUUUGGAUUUCUGGGCACAGCUUAUUACUCUGAUGGUGACCAUCAUAGAUGAAGAUAAAACAGCGUAUACACCCGUCUUGAACCAGUUUCCUCAAGAGCUGAACAUGGGAAAAAUCAGUGCAGAAAUCAUGUGGACUCUGCUUGCCCAGGACAUGAAAUAUGCUCUGGAAGAACAUGAAAAGCAGCGGCUAUGCAAAAGCACAGAUUAUAUGAAUUUGCACUUCAAAGUGAAAUGGUUUUAUAAUGAAUAUGUGCGAGAACUCUCUGCUUUCAAGGAUGCAGUGCCUGAAUACUCUCUGUGGUUUGAACCAUUUGUCAUUCAGUGGCUGGAUGAAAAUGAGGAUGUCUCAAUGGAAUUUCUUCAUGGAGCACUAGAAAGAGACAAAAAAGAUGGGUUUCAGAAAACAUCAGAUCAUGCCCUCUUCUCUUGUUCUGUGGUUGAUGUCUUCACACAGCUCAAUCAAAGCUUUGAGAUUAUUAGGAAACUGGAGUGUCCUAAUCCAGAAGCACUAUCUCAUUUAAUGAGAAGAUUUGCAAAGACUAUCAACAAAGUGCUUCUUCAGUAUGCUGCAAUUAUUUCAAAUUACUUCAGCUCUUAUUGUGAUAAAGAAAAUGUGCCCUGUAUCUUGAUGAACAACAUUCAACAAUUAAGAGUCCAGCUUGAGAAAAUGUUUGAGUCCAUUUUUGAAAGAGAAAACCCGUAUCAGAGGCACAGGAGCUGUUCUCUCUGUGCAUCAGAAUGUGUUGCACUGUGCUUGAAUGAUUUGGAUCCUGAAGCUAGUGGUGUUCUAAAAGAACUUCAGAUGAAACUUAGCAAUGUAUUGGAUGAACUCAGCAUAACAUAUGCUGCAAGUUUCCAAUUUAUUAUUGAAGAUUGUGUAAGACAAAUGUGCAAUGAACUGAAUCAAAUGAGAGGAAAUGGGAAUGCAGCAGCCAACAAGAACAGUGCGGCCAUUGAUGCCGAGAUUGUGCUUCGGCCUCUCAUGGAUUUCCUGGACAAAACUUUAAGUGUCUCUGCAAAAAUCUGUGAGAAGACAGUUCUGAAACGGGUUUUAAAAGAGCUAUGGAAGUUAGUCUUGAACAAGAUAGAAAAACAAAUUGUGCUUCCACCACUGACAGACCAAACCGGGCCCCAGAUGAUAUUCAGUGCAGCCAAAGAUCUUGGACAACUGUCAAAACUCAAGGACCACGUGAUUCGAGAGGAAGCCAGAAGCCUGACCCUGAGGCAGUGUGCAAUAAUAGAAGUAGCACUAGCUACUAUAAAGCAAUACUUCCAUGCUGGAGGAAGUGGGCUGAAAAAGAAUUUCCUGGAAAAGAGCCCAGACCUACAGUCCCUGAGAUAUGCUCUGAGCCUUUACACACAAACUACUGACGCCUUGAUAAAGAAGUUUAUAGACACUCAGACGUCUCAAAGUCAAACCACUAAUAAUUCAGUGGGUGAGAUAUCUAUACAGGUGGAUGUCUCUACUCAUCCUGGAACUGGUGAACAUAAAGUCACUGUAAAAGUUGUAGCAAUUAAUAACCUAAACUGGCAAACAACAGCUAUGUUCCGGCCAUUUGUGGAAGUUUGCAUAUUAGGUCCUAACCUAAGUGACAAGAAAAGAAAACAUGGAACCAAGACAAAGAGCAACACCUGGUCACCAAAAUACAAUGAAACUUUCCAAUUCAUCUUGAGUAACGAAGAUAAGCCAGGAGCCUACGAACUUCACCUCUCAGUGAAAGAUUACUGCUUUGCUAGGGAAGAUCGCAUUAUAGGAAUGACAGUUAUUCAGCUGCAAAACAUAGCAGAGAAAGGUAGCUGUGCAUCUUGGUACCCCUUGUUGAGAAACAUCUCUGUAGAUGAAACUGGGUUAACCAUUCUUAGAAUACUUUCUCAGAGGACCAAUGACGAAGUUGCUAAAGAAUUUGUAAGGCUUAAAUCAGAAACAAGAUCUCCUGAAGAAACAGCCUAAAAUAUCCAAGUAAUGCAAGAUUGUCACCGCCAAGAACAUAGAUACAACGCUGUUGUCCGAAUAGUGCAUGCAUGUGCAAAUCUGUGGGAAUGUUUAACUAACUGUUUUCAGUGUUUGCCAGUACUUAUAUUUGCAAAGUAUGUCAUGGAGCUGUAUAUCUUUUAUACAUAUUUUGGUCUUUGGUAAAGUAAUUGUUCCAAUGAAGUGCCAAAACUAAGAGUAAAUGUUUCAUCGUAUCUUUUUAAAUGUUGAUUUCACUUCCUCACAAUUCCUUUAUUUUUUAACAUUUAUUAAUAAAUAAUUAGCUUUUUUAAUUAAUUAAUAGGUUGUUCUCUGUUAAACUACUGUGUUGCUUAUUCUAAAUUAAGUUACCUCCC